AUGCCCGUGGAUUCCAACGAUAAAGCCGUGGCCCCCUCCUCCGCCCCUUCGACUGUCGUCCCGCCCUCCCCGGCCUCCUCCGCGUCCCCCACUCCUAGUAUCAACGAUGCUGGUCAUUCGGCCCCUUCUGCCCUUCAUCCCCGGGUGGCCGUCAUUCUAGGAGUUGAUCGGAAAUGGUAUUUGCCUUUACUGAUCUGUCGCGCACUGAGCACUGUGCCUGCCGCGUGGUGGGGGCUCCGAUGUGCCUUCACCUUCCUGGCCGAACUGCUGCAUAUUCGACCAGGCGUGGGACAUGAGGGGUGGGCGGCGGCGAUUGUCGGGAGUGUUAGUCAAGACUGGGAUGUUGAAAGACGAUUCCGGGUAACAGAGGUGGCCUUGGCUAUUAUGUGGUGCAGUGCAUCCGCGUAUCUUUCUUACUUUUUUGCUGAUUGUAUGAUGUCUCGAUGGCUUUUGAACUAUACCCCACCAGCUGUUGUUAUUCGUCUCCUUACUACAAACGGUUUGAUUGCUUAUAUCACUUCUUGGGUCCUUUACCUCUCUGGAGCUUCGUCCGACCCCCGUCUUCUUUUACCAGCCUGGAUAUCCAUUACCACUACCCUUACCUUCCUUUACCAUGCCACCCAGAACCAUGCUACAAUCAAGCGUGAAACUGCAGCUGCGCUUCUCGUCGUGGCCGUGGCCAGUUUCGUCAGCAUGUCAUCGCUUCUCCUCCAAUUGCAUCUGACCCGUGAAAAUGAGCCCGAAGUGCCCGUGUUUGUCAUUACUCGCAAGCUCUGGGAUUGGGCUGUGGCUAUCUUCCUUCGUAUGCGAGUGUCAGACGAGCGAGCUGCAGUCGGCGAAUUGUAA